GCUCAAACAUGUGACGACAUACUUUUCGAAAGAAUAGGGUGCUACAAACAGACGGUUGGAGAGCGCCGUCCUAUGUCUGAUGUACUCUUUACAGACCGUGACACGUCUUCUAAGUUUUGGAGUGGUAUUAAGUACGCUUUCCAAGAAUUUAACAUAUACCUUCCAGAUUUGGCGUGUAGAUGUGCAAAGGCAACAAAGGUAAAGGGAUAUGUUGCGUUUGGAUUGCAGAAUUAUGGUAAGCAUCUCAGAUUUGGUAGAACAAAUUUGUUUAGAUUAUUUGUUCUGUGUUAACUCGAUAACUUAAACCAAUUUUCUCAGAUAACUUUAUAGUCUCUCUAAAUGAGCUUAAGUUCUAUCACAUUAGCGGGCUUUGUGACGGUGGUCUGUCUUAUUUGAUCUAAGUCUAGUAUCGUUCCAUUCCCUACUGUAAUUCAAUAUGUUGAUGCUGUUAGGUGUUCUUUACCCGAGAUACUUAUAAAUCGCUAUUGUCUUACCUUAGGAGAAUGCUAUUCGACUGAUGAUCAUGCACCAACCUUUAGUGAGUCUUUCUUAAGCAGUCAAUGCACCACUAAAAACUUCGGCAUUUGUCAGGACGAAUCAGAACUUUGUGUUGGAGAGGAAAAAACAAUUUUUGUUUUCAAAAUGACAGGUGAGCUUCACCAACAAGAAACAAAUAAUUAUUUUUUUGGUUGUUUGAUUUUGGGCUUCGCUAGAGGGAGAGCUCCUAGUAUGAAACUAAUGAUACCGCUCAUCGACAAUUUUUUACAGAUCCCAUGGCGAGACAGUGUUUAGCUCAGUUGCUACGCCCCACAUAAGUAAAAAUUUCCAUGACCUGACUAAUGUAAUCUUUCCAGACGCUUUUAGAAGUUAUGCUGACCCGACAAGGGCGUAGCUGGGGCCUUGGGUGCCAGUACCCCCCCCUCCCCCCUCCACCUCUUCUCGCAUUUUAAAUAAAACACGGCGUGGAGGUUAUCAUGACAAUCGUCACGUUUUGGACCCCUUUUGAAAAAUCCUUGCUACGUCCGUGCUUGAUAACCCGAGGAAGUGCUGCACUGGACGCGGGAAAACCAUGGAAAUUGGGCCUUCUAGACAUUAAAUGAGUGAGCCUUAGUUAGCCUCCAUCAAUAUUUAUAUCAACAACAGUGAUCUCACUUUUUUUAAGCAUCCGGUAAACGUCGCAAGUCUAACAUGGAAAAAUCCUGGCGAAAAGCUGUCAGUGAAAAAAUGAUGCGGAAAAAAGUUCUGAAAAUUGCUAAGUCCUCCAAGUCAAGCAUACUGGAGCUUAAAUGUAUGUACUUAGCAUUUAUUAGUUAAAUGUAUUUAGAAUAGAGAACAAAAUAGUGACAGUGCGGAGAUAUCUAUCAGACUGGCUGGACGAAUCGCAGUCUUGUUACUUUGUGAACUUCAUUACUCUUAAUAUCAUGUGCAGUGCGAAGACUAUCAGUCAUGUUUUUAUUUAUUUUAACUGCGCCUUAUCUGAAAUCAUAUUUAGUGAUUUUCCUUCUUUUCAUGGAGGAAUGCCUUUUGAUACUGAUGGAUGGCUGUAUUCUUUAAGUACAGAUUUUUAAUAUUAUUUUUUAAGUAUACACACGCUUGAUUGUGGUUUUCGUCUAUGCAAAAUGAAAAUUUAAAUUUAAUUUACUGAUAUAUUUUAAUGUACCUCACAGGCUCUUCUUACAGGCUGACGAUUCUUUUGGAUGAUGUAAGGUACACUGCCGAAUUAGAGAACUAUCAGUCUUUCGAAUUUAUGGACUACAGGCGAAAUAUUGAGUUAGGGGUAUGUAUCUGUUCUAAAUUUCAGUCAAUGUAGUGUCAUAUCUUUCCUUUUUGUUUACGAUCGUUUUUGGAAAUUUGAGUACCUUGCCUUCUCUUGUUUUGGUUCGAUGCUAAAUACCAAAUUACCUCUGACGAAAAUUCGUGUAACGUUUGUUAGUAAGUUAAUCCGAUAACUUAGCAGCCUCAGACAACCAUAAGAUAGAUAGUUUUCCUACUGGCUAAUGAUAUGCACUUAGACAGCCAUUGGACUAGCUAAUCAGUUUGUCAGAGUAAGUUUAUUACCACGGAAGAACGGUCAAUCAUUCGAUUGGUCGUCUGGUCGGUCAGUCAGUCAGCCAAGAAGUCAGACACUCAGCCAGCCAGUCGAUCGUUCAAUCAGUCUGUCGGUCGCUCAUCAGUUAGCCAGUCAAUCAGUCAGACGGUCUGUCGGGUAGUCGGUCAGUCGGCCUGUCGUUGAUUUAGUCGGCUUGUCAGGCUGUCAGCUGGUCAGUGAGAGAAUUUGUUAGUUGUUUGUUAGUGUCAGUUCUUCUAGUUCACAUGGUAUAAAGACAAUUCACUACCUUCAAACAUCGAAGUGGACUUAUAACUAAUUUUUAGAUUCUACAAGCGUAUGACGGCGACGAACAAUUUCAGGAGGUGCAAGUUCUCAGGUUUAGGUAAGCGGAUGAAAUACUGUGCGGAUUUUGGCAAUUUCAAACUACUUCUCAAGAAGGCUCAGACUCAAUUGAAUUCGAGGACUUCGUGUUGUGGAUUUCCACACGGAUAAACUGAAUUUUAUGACAACUUAUUCUGUGCGUCAAUCUGAAUUGGCAUUGCAAUCAUUUUCUUAUGAAUCUCCUCUGAACCAUCUAUUCCGGUAAAUCAGCUGCAAACUUGAUAGCGACAGUUUCGAGCAGUGAUAAAUUCUUCAGGGUUUAUGAAUAUUUACAAACUUUGGAGAGUCCGAAUAACCUGAUAAAACGAUAGAUCUGGAAACAAAUUUUAAUCUGGAGUUUUUAUUUAAAGUUCUUAAUCUAGACACCACUAAUGAGCCAUUGAAUUCUCCGCAAUCGUUUUAGAUAUGUGGAAUCUUAUUGUUUGCUUGACUAUUAGUCGUUUUUGUUUUCUUUUUUGCUUUCGUUUAGUUCUGGCUUUGAAAUGAAAGUAGUUUCAACGAUACUUCUCAAGUUCAAAAACAAAACCAAGCAUUUGAAAGCUCUCGUAAAAAAGAUGAGUACACAGAAGUUUGGCCGAUUAAAAGUAUUCCCAGCAGUAGGAGACUGUGGUAAGACAGCUUCGUUUUGUGUCACAUCUCAUUUCUUGGCACUCCUUAUGAAUACAAACCCAAAGUAAGCUAGUAAAAAGUGAUAAUAUCCAUAUAGCUAUUAUGAUUUAUGAUAAAUUGAUGAUUUUACCUCUGGAUCACCGUCAUUACAUUAAGGAAAGUCCGCUCCGAAAUACCGAGACAGCUUUUUUUUUCGUGGAAUAGUUGUUUGUGGAAUGUGUGCCAAUGAAAUCCCUGGCCAACAUUCUGUUUGACUGAAAUCGUUUUGAAGGCAUUGGUUUCAAUGUGGGAUUACGAGAGGAAUUGAUCAAUCGAUUAAGGUGUUUCAAUAUGGCAACUGUAGGUCCUUUGAUACACAAUUACUAAUUUUGCAGGUUGCUAUGAACAGGUCUUUGGGCCAACUCCUCUUCAUUUAACUUCUUACGGAACCCCAUACAACCCUGAUCCCGAUCACAAACAAGUGUCAUCCUGGCUUUGUUCCCCCGGGUGCAAUGUGACGUGUAGUCCAACCUGUACACCAAAUUGCUGCACGACGAUUACCUCGACCUCAGUAGCAUCAGUCGGAUAUUCUUUUGAAGCGUCCGCUAAAAACUUACCCUAUUCACCCCUGACUCAAUGUACUGCGCCGUGUGGAGCAAUCUGUGCACCAUCUUGUACUCCUGCUUGUUGUUAUACGAUUUACCGUGCGCAGAGGCAACAGGAAAUGUACAGGAAACGACAUCAAGUGCAGAAUAACAAGGACAGGAGGAAAUAUGAGGCUACUCUUUAUAGAAAUAAUCCAAAAAAUCAAAAGAAACAUAAGGAGUUGAAGAAAAAUCAGGCAAAUUAA